CAAAAAAGCUCCACCAAAGCAAAAGCUGUCAUCUGAUUGUGGCUGCCCAUCGCCGGUUGGAGCUUUCCCAGUCAGCUGAUGGUAGUGCCACUGCCGUGUUUUCGUGCCCCAAGUCCACAUAUUCAGCAUGGAGAACGUUUCCAAGAUCUGGCUGGGUCCCCUGCCCCAGGAUUCGCCCUACGUGAAGCCCUUCCGGCUGUACUACGUCCAGAAUGGCGUGGAGAAGAACUGGGACCUGCUGAAGGUACACGAUAGUGUGGCUAUCAUCUUGUACAAUACGUCUCGCCAGAAACUGGUCUUGGUUCGCCAGUUCCGACCCGCCGUCUAUCACGGCAUCAUCUCCAGCGCCAAGGGCACCUUCGAUGAGGUGGACCUCAAGGAGUUCCCGCCCGCCAUCGGCGUCACCUUGGAACUCUGCGCCGGCAUCGUGGACAAAAACAAGAGCUGGGUGGAAAUCGCUCGGGAGGAAGUCGUUGAGGAGUGUGGCUACGAUGUCCCAGUGGAACGGAUCGAGGAAGUCAUGGUCUACAGAUCUGGAGUUGGUUCAUCGGGUGCCAAGCAAACCAUGUAUUACUGCGAGGUGACCGAUGCGGACAAGGCCACCGGUGGCGGCGGAGUCGACGACGAGAUUAUCGAGGUGGUGGAGCUGUCCCUGGAGGAGGCGAAGCGGAUGAUCCAGCAGGGAGCCGUGAACAACAGCCCGCCCAGCUGUCUGAUGGGUCUGAUGUGGUUCUUCGCCAACAGGGCACCCUGUGCGAAGGCCUAGAGGCGAACGUUGCUGUUGAUUCAACCAGAUAAGCGGCGGCCGUGAUAAGAUGAUAAGAUGCGUCCGCAUCCGCAGCGUUGCCUUAUACACUUCUGUUAGUCAACACAACAAUUCGAGAUUCGAAUGCUUUCCAACCAAGCGCACUGUGAGUGCGCCUAGCGCAUACGAUAAUACUGAAAUUCCCGUGCCUGUCGAGGCUUACCUUAUGAUAUGUACCGUGUAAUAUGUAAUAAACCCUGGCCAGCUGUCCGCUCAUGAA